AUGCUUAAGUUAGAAAGUAUAUCUAUUAAUAGUGUGAAUCUUCUGCAGCUCCAUUCUGCUGUACGGAGAGUAACGCUGGCUCAGAAAGCCGUGCCUGUGCUCUGUGGAAGUGCACUGAAAAAUAAAGGUGUUCAGCCAUUAUUGGAUGCGAUCACCCAGUAUCUGCCCGCUCCAGAUGAAUGCAGCUAUGAUUUUCUGGAAUGGUAUAAAGAUGAUUUGUGUGCUCUGGCAUUUAAAGUUCUCCAUGACAAGCAGCGUGGGCCAUUAGUUUUUUUGCGUAUUUACUCUGGCAAAAUGAAGCCUCAGUCAGCUAUCUUUAAUAUUAACAAGAACUGCACAGAAAGAAUGAGUCGCCUGCUUCUGCCAUUCGCAGAUCAGCAAAUAGAAAUUUCUUCAGCAACAGCUGGCAACAUUGUCCUUACUGUUGGCUUGAAACAGAGUGCCACUGGAGACACCAUUGUUUCAUCAAAAGCUUCUGCAGUGGCUGCUGCUCAACAGGCUGGACAAAAUGUGGGGUCAAAGCACGGCCAAGUCGGUGAAGUGCAGAACCUUCUCUUGGCAGGCAUUGAAGUUCCAGAGCCAGUCUUCUUUUGUACAAUAGAGCCACCUUCUAUAGCCAGGCAACCAGAUCUGGAUAAUGCCUUAUCUUGUUUACAACGGGAGGAUCCAAGUCUGAAAGUCAGGGUAGAUGCUGACACUGGGCAAACUAUUCUUUGUGGAAUGGGUGAAUUGCACAUUGAGAUUAUUCAUGAUCGAAUCAAACGUGAAUAUGGCCUUGAAACCUAUCUUGGACCCCUUCAGAUAGCUUAUCGAGAAACUAUCCAAAACUCAGUUCGGGCAAUAGAUGCACUGGAUAGGACUAUAGGAGAAAAACGACACCAGGUCACUAUAGAACUGGGAGUGAGACCAUGGAUGGGAGAAAUGUCAGCAACAGCACCAGUGAUUGAAUAUGCUGAAAACAUCUAUGAUUCACUUCAGUCAGAGCUUCGUGAAGCUAUAGAAACUGGAAUAAGUAACUCUUAUCUUCAAGGACCACUUCUGGGGUUCCCAGUUCAAGAUGUCAUAGUGACGGUUCAUGCAGUGGCUACAAAUUCUGAUGCAUCGUUUACAAUGGUUUCUGCUUGUGUUUCUCGUUGCAUGCAAAAGGCUUUAAAGAAAGCUGAUAAACAAGUUCUGGAACCUCUCAUGAACAUGGAAGUAACAGUGGGUGAAGAUCACCUUGGUGCAGUUCUUGCUGACCUUGCACAGAGAAGAGGCAGCAUUCAGGAGAUUCAGAGUCGCCAAGAUAACAAAGUUGUGAUUGCUUCUGUUCCACUAGCAGAAAUGAUGGGAUAUUCAACACAUUUGCGGUCCUUGACCUCAGGCACUGCCACAUUUACAUUGGAACUGGCGAGUUACCAAGCAAUGAGUCUCCAUGAACAAAUGGCUCUACUUAACAAGAGAAGUGGGAUGGCAUAAUGCUCUGGAUGAACAAGGACUUGUUUUUAUCUCUAGGAAGAAGCUGCCAUGUGCUGAUUUGCACGUGGUCAAAACUGCAAAUCUGUUGUCAUGGUUGGUGGAUGUGUUUUCAGGUGCAUAGUUGUUCCCAUUUUGUAAAACAUGUGCCAGCUCUUAAGUGUUGUGAUGAAGACAGAGUAUUCCAUUACUGGAAUAAAAUCAAAAACAUAACUAGCAAACACUUUUUCACCCACCUAGUGUUUUACUUCAUGUAGAUUUAUCCUGGAAUUGUUUUUUGGCUUUUCUAUAUGGGACAAGCCCCCUUUUCUCCCUGUAUUGAUGUGGUAUCAGAUUAGAAUAUAACUAGCCAGAUCAGAAGAGAGUUGAUAUGUUUCUAAUUUGCCAUACUUCAGGCUUAGAAAAAAAGGUUUUCCAUUUUUUAUUGAAAGGAAAAUGAUUGCCCUGGCUCAUUGGACAGCCAAUAAAAACCCUAUUGAUUUUAAUUUCUCUAAAACCCCAAGAACAUUUAUUUUGAAACAUUUAAAAGGAAAGAAAGUUGUCUACAUGUGGAAUUCCAGAAUUUCAAAAUUACAAUGUUUCAGUGCAACUAUUUAACAGGGAAAGUGGCAGGUUUUCCUCCCAGAAAGGCACAUUGAGUAUCCUUCUGUCCUAGGAUUGUUACAAGUCUCUCAUUUCAUGGCUGCAAUAUCCAACAAACAAAGGCUGUGCUUCUAUUCCACGCCUGUGGAGAAAAAUGUGAAUGAAUCCAUAUUAAAUAUUUCAUAUCAUA